UCACCACCCCGUGACAAAACCUUUAGGUCCUUCGUCGUUUUGCCGGGUGGAGAGUUCUAGCAUUUUGUGCGGGUGUAGCGGUGAUAUAUUUUUGUUUUGGCCCAUUUAAAAUGUACUAUAAGUUAAGUGGAAUCACACAAAGACUGACGGGAUCGGCGCCGUCGACCGCCUACACCCCUCAGGGCCUGAAGCCUGCCACCCCCGUGCAACCCAAGACCAUGGUCUUCGCCACGCCAACCAAACUGGUAUCCGAGUCUGGAUCUAUGGUGGAGUACCUGGGUGCCAACAAAGUCCCAGACCUACAGAGGCUCUUCCAGUUGUCGGACGGCAUUCCUGUGCACCUGAAACGGGGCGUCCCAGACAAGCUGCUGUACCGCACCACCAUGGCGCUGACGAUCGGGGGGGCCAUGUACUGCCUGGUGGCCCUGUACAUGGCAGCGCAGCCCCGGAAGUGACCCCGACCGACCCCCCUCCUGUAGGAGUACCUCUUAUUUAACACUCAUGUGACAAUGACAACAGACAUUUAUAGGAAUCACAAUUAGCCCCCCCUCACCUGACCCCUCAUAAUCUCUUGAUUUAACCUGUCUUUAUUUAUUGCCAAUGUUAAACUGAGAGGGUCCCACUCUUAGCGGUCCACAUCCCACUUGGAGUCUCUCUGCCCUGCACAUGCCAGCAGAUGGACAGGACAGACUCUCAUGACCAGCUGCCGGCUCUGCUUUUGCCAUCAAACUCAGCCAAUUCCGACUGAAGGGAUGUCCACGUCAACCACUUCCUGCUUAAAUAAAUUUU